CAGUUUUAAAAGGGGCUGAAAGUGAAACGACGUCGAUUCAUACAACCCUAAAAAAAUUCACACGAACUCUUCUUCUUCCUCACGCACUCUUCUUCUUUCUCGCGCCGCUUGGAGAAUACGCAAGUGUUCAGGGUUGCAGCGCCUCAUCAGCCUGGCCACGCCUUGCAGAGCCUUCUCAUGCCUUCCCACGCCUCACUGCGCUAAACGUGCAACUUGCGAAACAGCAGACCGCCUCAGGAUAUUUCCUGCCCCCUCGCUCCGACGCGCGCGAAGAUGUGCCUUUGAAAACACUGAUUUGGAAUGAAUUGAUGCGAGUUAAAGUUAAAAAGGGGUUCAGAAGUCAGAAAAUGGGGGUACCUUCAAAGCAGAAGAGAAAGGCUCGUGACAGUGACAGUGAGUUUGAGGAUGAUGACGAUUUAAACAGUGACGAGCUAAUGAUGGAGCAAGAAGAGGAUGACUUUGAUGAUGAUCAGGAGGAGGAAGAAGAAUCAGAAGAUGAAGAGAAUGAAGAAGAAUCAGAAGAUGAAGAGGAUGAAGAAGAGGGGGAGGAGGAAGAGGAAAAUGGUGAUGGGCAAGAUGAUAAUAAAGAUGCUGAGAUAGAAGAACUUGAGAAAGAAUACAUGAGUCUUCGUGAUCAGGAGCAAGAUAUUUUAAAGAAUCUAAAGCGUCACAAGGAUGAAGAUCUUCUUAAAGGUCAAGCAGUGAAGAACCAAAAGGCUCUUUGGGACAAGACUCUUGAGUUCCGAUUCUUGCUUCAGAAAGCGUUCUCAAGUUCAAAUAGAUUACCACAGGAGCCAGUUAGGUCUUUAUUUUGUGAUUCACAUGAGGGUGUCAAUGCAGCAUAUUCGGAUCUAGUUAACGCAUCAAAAAGAACUUUGGAUUCUCUAGUGGAACUAGAAGAGGCUUUACUUGAAAAGAACCCAUCCAUUGUUCAAGCAACAGAUAGUAAAUCUGCACGGUCAAAGCAUUCAGAAUCAUCUAAUAACAUUGAUGCUGAUGGUGAUGAGGACUGGUCACGGAUUUCUCAGUUGCUUUCAAGCAUAGCUACUUUUAGAAACAAAUCAAUAGACAAAUGGCAGAGGAAGACACAAGUGACCACAGGUGCUGCUGCUAUUAAAAGCAAGCUGCAUGCUUUUAAUCAGAAUAUCAGUGAACAAGUUGCUUCUUAUAUGAGAGAUCCAAGCAGAAUGGUUAAGCAGAUGCAGAUGAGGAGAUCAGCAAUUGGUGUAUUUGGCACUAUGGAUGGGCAGGUUUCUGACAGGGAGAAUACUCCAAAGGGAGAGGAGACACAAUGUGAUGCUGGUGCACAAGCUGAUGGCGACCCUGAACUUUUGGAUGACUCCGAGUUUUACCAGCAAUUAUUGAAAGAAUUUUUUGAGACAAUUGACCCAGCAUCUUCUGAGACAGCCUUUUAUUCUCUGAAAAAGUUGCAGACUAAGAAGAGGAAGAUUGUGGAUAGACGAGCCUCUAAGAGUCGUAAGAUAAGGUAUAAUGUUCACGAGAAGAUCGUAAAUUUCAUGGCUCCAGAGCCUAUGACCCUUCCAACUUUGGUUCCUGACCUCAAUAAUUUGUUUGGGUUGAAGAACCAGAAACGAGCUUCUGUAGUAUAGUGGUGAUGCAUGGCUGAGGCGGCUGUAUUGGCCUUUGGGUUUAGGCUCUGAAAUUUUGUCUGUUGUUAUUUAAUUGAUUUGGUAUAAUGUAAUAUACUAUGUUGUCCUGUUAUUUCUGUGAUCCAUACGAAUUUUUGCAAUGUCAUCCUUGUCUCUAAAAGCAUAUCUUUGUUAUAAGAAAAGUGAAUGUUCUUGA